AACGGGUGCCUUUUGUUCGUUUAGUGGAAUCACGAGAGAGAGAGUCCUCUCUUAAGUAACUACCAAGUCGAUUAGUCUCACGCAGAGUGGGACCGACGAGCGGGUGCGUGGCAGUGUUCGACUUUCUCCAGUAGAUCGUUAGUCAUCUUGGAUGUGAUCCUCUUUUUUUUUACCAUGUAAUCAAUGUAUAUAUAUAUAUACAUAAAUAAUAUAUGACUAUGAUAAGAUACUACAAAAGCUGUCUAAGCAUUAUUUCGUCAAACUGGUGAUAGGAAUAAUCAUUGUUAACUUGAAAGAUACUUGAAUAUAACUGUAGGAAACUGGAAGGGAGUCUAUCUAUUGAAUCAUCUAAUUAUUUUAACCAGAGGAUCACUUUGUUCGUACAACAAUUCACUUCUUAAAAACUGGGAGUCAGAUUUUAUUCAAGAACGUACUGUGAAAAAGCCAGCAGUAAAUAUGUAUAUAAAUGUAUGAGACAUUUUCAUUCCUCGAUCCUGCAACUUACUUUUUCUGUGCUUCCUAAUGAUACAGUUUGGAUUAAACAAUUUACUUCCCUAUCUCGCGCAAUAAGCCUUUAUUAGAUCAAAAUAAGUUACACAACAUAUGUAAUUCUUGUUAAAAUUCUGUGAUUUUUCAGUAUUGGUACCUGUAGAAAUACAACUUUUUUUUUUCAUAUAAAACCAAGAGGAACAUAAAUAAUUAAAAAUGUAUGGCAUGUUAUUGGAAAGUGUGCAACACUUUGUACGGACAGAAUAUGGUGAAGAUAUGUGGUGUUUGGUGUUAGAAGAAGCCGGUUUCAAGAACAGUGUAUUCACAACGCACCAGAUCUAUCCGGAUCAACUGAUCCUAAAGCUUGCUUCUUGUUGUUCGCAACAUACUGGAAAAAGAACCGACGACUUUCUCCAUUUUUUCGGUCAGUGUUUUGUUCGAUUUUUCAGUCAUUAUGGAUAUGACACUCUCAUUCGAGCGUCCGGUCGCCACUUUAGGGAUUUCAUCCAUGGGGUCGACAAUCUUCACCAUCAAAUACGUUUCAGCUACCCGAAAAUGCAGAGUCCGUCUUUGUAUGUUGAAACAGAAGAUGUGAAAGGUGCCAUUCUUCACUACCGCUCGAAACGAUCGGGAUUUGCGUAUUACGUUAUCGGCCAGUUAGUCCAAAUCGCGCGAACUUUCUACGGACUGGAGUUGGAUGUUAGAAUUCUCAGAAAUGGACCGGAUUCUGAUGGUACUGGUUGUCACGUGAUUUAUCACCUUCAAUUCGACAACACACCCUACCAAAAACAACAAAUGGCUCGUAAAAGUUUACAGGAAUUAACUGACCUUUCUCCGAUUUCUGGGCGUAAUCUCUUCAUUUUAUUUCCAUUUAGCGUAGCCUUUGACCGUAACAUGAAUAUUUUGGAAGUCGGUGGAAAAGUGCGGGAGCUCUUCAAUUUUCAUGGUUUUAUAGGAAAACACGUAGAAACGUUUUUUCUCUUUCAUAGACCAAGAGUGGUGUUUUCGUGGAGAAAUGUCUUGACGCUUCAAAAGGUGGUUGUUGAGCUGGAAUGUUUAAACUCAUGCUCUGAGAGGAAAAAAGUUGAAGACCGUCGCUGUAGCGCCUCCACCCGGAACCUACUUCUAAAAGGCCAAUUACGUCACUUGGAGUCAUGGGACGCUGUUAUUUUUCUUUGUGUUCCUUUGCUUAGCAACUUACAAGAAAUGGAAGAAGUUGGACUUUACCUCACAGACUUAUGUAUACAUGAUCGAAGUCGAGAGAUUGUCUUGGCUGGAUGGCAACAUGGAGCUCGUCUCGAGGUGUCAUACGAAAGGCAAGAAGAACGAAGUAGAAGGUUGGAAACCAACCUGAAGAUGAGAGAUGAGUGGAAGAAGAAAGGUAACGACCUACUUUAUUCCAUGAUUCCAAAAGCUGUAGCAGAACGGCUAGCCAAUGGAGAAGACCCUAUCACAACUUGUGAGUCCUUUGAUGAGGUGACGGUAUUAUUCAGUGAAGUUGUCGACUUUUCUGAUCUCUGCUUGAGACUAAGUGCUAUGGAGGCUGUGUCAUGUGUCAACGAUGUUUACAUACUUUUUGACCGUAUCAUCGACAACUACCAAGUUUUUAAGGUGGAGACUGUGGGUCAAGUAUAUAUGUUAGUAGGCGGUGCUCCAGAAAGACGUCAUGAUCAUGCUUGUCACGUAGCAAAUGCCGCCAUUGAUAUGCUGAAGCAACUCCAUCUGGUAGAUAAUAAACAUUGUGGAGAAGGAGUACGUGUUCGAAUAGGUAUCCACUCUGGCCCUGUUGCAGCAGGAGUAGUUGGUAGAAAGUUGUUUAGAUAUUGUUUGUUUGGAGACACUGUUAAUACAGCGGCAAGAAUGCAGAGCCAUGGAGAGGCAGGUAAAAUCCACAUCAGUGAAUCUACCAACAAACGACUUCAACAUUCAGGAUAUAUUACAGAACUAAGAGGAACUAUUAACGUUAAAGGAAAGGGACGAAUGAACACUUACUGGCUCCUACACAAGGAAGAAAGCCCUUGGCAAUUAUCUACAACCUCUAUUUCGAAAUGAAAAAAGUGUAACUUUUGUGUUUGCUUUUAUCAUUGGCAUGAACUUGGCUGUAUCGUGAAAUUGGUUCAAAAGAUUCUAGUCAAUAGAAAAGUUAAAGUGUUUGUAUUUUUAAAUGAUUUAACUAUGAAAUAAUAUUUUUUUUACCUUACAUAAUGAUUUAAAUAUAGUUCAUAAUAAAAAGGUUUAGAAUUUGGGCAAGUUUCUGUAACAGCUUUAAUAAGGAAAGUAUUUCUAUAUCUACGCUUUCGUUUCUAAAAUUAUAAGUACAAUUCAUCAUUAAUCUUAUUGUUCUUUUCCUUGGGAUUAAUUUUGUAUAUUUUUUAAUAAAAUGCUUGACAUUUAUAUAUUUUUUUUACUAUUAAUGAUAUAUACAGAGGUGUAUUGUGUAUAACAAAUAGGAAAUUAAAUCACUCUAAAACAAUUGCGAAUGUUAAAUACGGUCUUAUAAUGUCAUAAAACUAUCUAUGGACAUAUUAAUUACUUUGUUUAUUACACAUAAGUCAUAAAUUUGUCAUUAGUCAUAAAUUUGAAAUCUUCCAAACGGUAAUUUGUUUUUCUUAGCUCUUCCAAAAAAUUAAGCUUUGAUAUUUUUCUGAAAUAAAUGAAUUUAAUUUGUUAGUGUGCAUCUUUCAAAUGGUUUAUGUAAAUUUAAUUAAAAUUCGGUGAUCUACUUUCAUAUACUUCAUUAUUUGUAAAAACGAUUUUGUUUUAGAAUUGUCUGAAUAGUGAAAUUUUAAUAUAUAUAUACAUGUCAAACAUCUUUGUCGUUGACAUAUUUUAGUUUUCAGUUUAAUUUUAAAGUUUCCUCUAGGUACUUCUAAUUGAUUAAGGACAAAUCAUGACCCAACUAUCGUCUUUUCUUAUCACUUUAUGACUGUUUUAGCCUUUCCAGUUUGUCGUAUGUUCAGGCUAUUUAUUAACUUUUGCAAAAUUUAGCGUUUUACAUAUUUAUUUCCUAUUGAUUCUGAAAUCAUUCAAUCGCUCAUAGGAUGACAAUAUACACUAAAGCUAAUUCGGAAUUCUUGUGGAUUUUUCAUUGAUUUCACAUUUGUACUCCUUAUAGAUAAUAACUUUUGAGUAAAGAGAUACUGAUUUAUGUUACUGUUCAGAAAAUGCUAAAUCGAAAUUUUAAUUGGCUAUAAGAAUUGUUUUAACUAAUUGGGAUAUAGAAAUAUGUAUACUUCCUUCUCUGUUUCGAGUGUUAAAACGGAAUAAAUACUCUUCAUAAUUUUUUCUAUUUUAAA